AGCUUGAUUUGGGCGAUGCACAUUCUCACUAUCACAUGUUUGGAGUUCGCGUUCAAUCAAAACUUUUUCACACUCGCGAUGAAGAGGAAAGCGGAAAAAAACCAGGAUCUUAUCUUGAUAAUGAAGAAGACGGGGACAACAUGUUUAUUGAAGAUUUGGUUGAAAUUAGUAAAGAACCCCUUUCAGUGCGUGAUAUAACUGCAAUUGACUUACAAAAACAACCCAAUGAAAGAAAGAAUGAAGAGGCAAAAGACUGCAAUGAUAUUCAUAUGGAAUGGACAAAGUCAGAUACAAGUACGGUUAUUUCUGAUACAGAAAAAGCUUCUAAUACCAGAACGUCGACACCUAAAACUCCUGAAGAAAAUUUUCCCCAAGAAGCCAUUGUAGAAUGUUCUUGUGGACUUAACGUGGACGAUGGUAUGAUGAUCUUGUGUGAUUUCUGUAAGCACUGGCAACACGCAUGUUGUUAUCGUUUUUUCACUGAACAAGAUUGUCCUACCAAACAUAUUUGCAUUACAUGUGCUGUGGCGGAAAAAAAGGAAUGCUCUGACAUUACUUUACAUGACUAUGAUCCAAAAACAUUACAGACUCAAUGUUUGUGGCGUAGAGCUUUGGUAGCAUGUCGCGAUGUAACAAGAAUUACUGCACAAAACUUUUCUAAAAGAUUAGGUGUGGAGUUGACUGUGGCUCAAGAUCUGAUGAAGAGAAUGCAGAACGAAAGAUUUAUAAGGCCUGCGGCAAAAGGAAAACGUCUUGGUAAACUAGUGGUCAAGGAAAAGUUUACUGUUGAUGCUCUGAAGCAAUAUUUUGAUGUGUUAGCGACGAAGAAUGACGGAUUGCGUAAUCUGGAAAAUAAUGAAAAUGGUGAAAAACCAAAUGACGUUCAGAAAGACAAGGAAAAUGGGGAUGAGAAGAAUAAUUGUGAAAACGCCGAAAAGGGGACAAAUAUUAUUACCCAAAACGAAGAGUUUGAGAGUAUGCUUGAAAAGGCAAAAGAGAUCAAUAUUUCUGGAAAAAAUGAGUACCAGAAAGAAUCAGUGGAGGUAAAUAUUCCUGAAGAAAAAAAUAGUUCUCGUGGAAGAAAGAGAUUACUGUCAUCGGCUGACAUUGAGAUUGAUUUCGACGUAUCCAACAGUCAGGAUCCGAUGGAUCAUUGCAACAAGCCUUCCACCAAAAGAAUGAAAGCAAGCGCUGCAGAGCAAGCUGUUGCCGUUUAUGUUUAAUUCCUUUUCAACGUUUUCAUUUUGAAAGUAUUAUUUAUAUCCGGUUGAUUGAAUUAUGGUUGUUGUAAAAGUGUUUAUGAAAUUGUGAUAUUCUAUAUUUAUAUCGAUUAUAUUUAAUCAUAUCAUUAAUAUAUUAAAGUUGAAUAAAAGAUUAACUAUUGAUGUGAAUUCAUACCAAUGAAGAAUUGUACAUUCCUUAAAUAAAAGAAAAUUCUAAAUCCGCAA